AUUCACUACUGUAACAGUUGUAGUUGAGACCCAAACAUUUCACACUACACAGUUGCUACACUUCAGACGACAUGCUUUUUGGUGUUUCUGGAAUUGCGCACUUCACAACUACUUUAUUUCUACUUCAGGUUACAGAUAAUACAUCAGCAGAGAAAACUAUAAAGAAAAUGACAACAGUUAAAAUAAAAAAUGAAGCUGUCCAUUUGGAUCCUAUCAGUGAUGCCAUUGAAGCUGUUAUUAAGAAAAAUAAUAAACAAGAAUUAUUGAAAACAUUUUUAAACAGAAAGAAUAUGACAACUGAAAUUAAAGGAACCAACAUUGCAAUUCGAGAUUUUAAUACAUAUACCAUACAGUGGCAUGCUCCCAGGACUCGUUUAAUAAUACUUUCUCAUAAAAAUCUGAAAACUAAAUGUUGUACCCGUAAAUCUUGUACAAAAAAGAGAACUCAUAAAACGUAUAAAACCAAGUCCAAAAGGAAAUUAAGAUUGAAAAGUACCAAUAAAUCUAAAACUAUUGAUAAUUCAAUAAACGAAAUCAAUUAUCCAUUCGAAGGUUCUGCAAAGCGUGAUACUUUUGGUCAGUCAACUUAUGUAAAUCCGAUUUUAAAGUUCCGUUUUAAUAACACACUUGUGGACAGUGUUGCUGAAUUUCCCUCUGUUACAAGCAUUCUUGAAGAAACUGUUCCAUAUAGAAGUGAACUGAUUUUGAGCAACUGGCGUCAAAAAAUGAUCCACAAUUUUGGUGAGGAAGGUUUACAUAACCACAGUGAAGCUUUGAGAGCCAGAGGUCAUGAGUUCCACAAAGCUGUGCGUGAUGCGAUGCUGAACCUACAAAUCGAACCUAAUUGUAGCCUCGUUACAAGGAAUGCUCUCAAGAGUCUGUCUUGGGUAUUUAAAGGAAUUUCUAAAGUCGCGGCGGUGGAAAGUGCGGUAGCUCAUCCUACACUGGAAUACAAGGGAGUCGUUGACUGCGUUGCAAUUUUCAGAAAAACGCCAGUUCUUAUUGAUUGGAAGUUGUCAAGUAAGCGAAAGAAAACACUGAAAGAAACUUAUGAUGCCCCAGUUCAAAUUUCAGCUUAUCUUGGUGCCUUCAACCAUGAUCCCAAUUAUGAGUGGAGAGUGAACCAUGGCAUGGUGGUAAUAGCGUAUACAUCUGGAGAACCUUGUGAUGUAUUUCUCCUCUCACCGCAAUACUGUAAAAUUUACUGGCGUCACUGGCUUAAACGUUUGAAUAAAUUCAAGAACACAAAUCGCCUUCAUCUUAUUCAUGAUAUUAAUGAGGACGAUCUGGAAGUUUACUAGUGAACAAAUUUGCUAUUUUUGCUGUUUGUUGUUUUAAAAACAUAAUUUUUGCUAUAAUUUUCUUUUUACUUGUACUUAUAAUCAAAACAGCAUAUAAUGUACCAUUCAACUAAACAUAAUGGAAUAUGAAGUUCAGCACCACAGUAUAUCUUAACAAGACAACGGGAGAAAUUAUAAACUAAAGGAUUAUAUAAUAAAGUCAGAUAAAUA